AGCUUAAAUCCGCAUUCGCGGAGCACGAAAAGUUGACAAUUUGGGCAACUGUAAAAAUAGCUAAAGUCACACUAUAUAUUUAUUCUCGUUAGCAGACAGAAAGCUACACGACCUAUGACUCCAAAAGACAGGAAGCAGCUACAAGGCAUGAUGGAUUAAAAUAUGUCUAAACGUUACGCAAAUAAACUGUUUAUCAGCUAUUUUUUUCACACCGGAAAUAGACGUGGCAAAUUGAACGGUUCCUGGUGUUUAUAGCUACAGCUGUUCAAGUCCAAGAACUUUUGAAUCGACUCUGAUUCAAGCUUCAUGUCCGUGGCCUGUGUCUGAAUUAAGCGGCUUUAAAUGUCAACUCUCCAGUCAAAUGCAGUAACAGAGGGACAUGAGCUCAGUCUACAUUCCCCAUAAUCUAUCUGUCAGCUGCUUUUAUCCUUAAUACACUUUAGCACUUGCGAUCAUAUUUUUGUUAAUUAGAUUUUUUUUUUAAAACAAAUGUUUCUUUCUUUGAUUUCUCCACGUUAAAAUGCAGUGAAUGAAGCAAUAACGUUACACCUGUGCUAUGGCCAAACCAGUUUUAUUGUGUGAAUCGACUCCUUAAGCUUUUGUAUCGACUCUUGAUUCCCAGUGACUGGAAUCGGAGAAUCGACUCUAUUUGGGCUCGACUUCCAACCCUAGCCUGAGGUAGUUAGUUAGCUAUAUAGCAAGCACUGCUGUUGGAUUUGUGUAUGAGUCGGAACUACGAGUCAGUCACUGGCACAGUUAAAGUGUUCUCGCAUCUUCUUUGUACUCCGUCCCGUUAACUGUCCCAUGUGGCUAUAGCAGACCGGAUAAAGUGGCUAGUCGGAGCCAUGCUCGGAGUUCGCCUGUGUUUGGUGUGUUUUGAUGCACUGCUGCUGUUGUAUGUCGGAGCUUCUGCACAUCGCGGAGCCUCGCAUUUAUUCACAGAUGAGAUCCCCUUCAAAAUCAGCUGGCCCGGGGAACAUUUCACCUUGCCAGCCUCCGGAGCCCUUUAUGAAGAAGAUGACUUCCUUAUUAUGACAACGGCAGAAAAGGAGAAAUACAAGUGUUUAUUGCCUUCUUUGUCUAAGGGAGAUGAGGAUGAAGAGAAGGACUAUAUGGGACAUGGUCCAGCUGUUCUACUUGCACCAUUAUUCAAACAGAGCAGCUGCUCAUACAGGAUUGAGUCUUACUGGUCCUAUGAGGUGUGCCAUGGUAAACAUGUGAGGCAAUAUCAUGAGGAAAAAGAGACUGGUCAGAAAGUGAACUUACAGGAGUAUUACCUGGGGACCAUGACCAGCAAACACACUGAUUCUUUAGCAGAUUCAGAACCUAGUAAAGCAGGGGAAGCUGCCAAUGAAAGACUAGACACCAACACUGAGGUGCCAACUAAAAAUAUAGAAGGCCAGCUGACCCCUUAUUUCCCGGUGGAGAUGGGAAAUGGGACCCCAUGUGUGUUGAAACAGAACAAGCCUCGUUCUACCUCUGUGCUGUACGUGUGUCACCCAGAGGCAAAACAUGAGAUCCUUUCCAUUGCUGAGGUGACAACCUGCGAGUAUGAGGUGGUGGUGCUCACACCACUGCUCUGCGCUCAUCCUAAAUAUAGGUUCAAGUCAUCGCCAGUGAAUGCCAUCUUUUGCCAAGCUCUGGCAGGCUCUCCACUCCGGCCCCACAGCCUCUCCCAACUGGACCAGCGGCAGGAGGAGCUACUUAGGCCACACUUCACCCCUCCCACUGAGCGAGAGGAGGACACAUCACCUGUGCGGGAGGAGGCCUUUACUUCUACCCACAAACCCAUGGCAGUAGGUGGACACACCCAGGUGACAGUGGGCACUACCCACAUAUCUCGCCUGACUGAUGAGCAGCUCAUAAAGGAAUUUCUGAGUGGCUCAUACUGUCUACAUGGGGGUGUGGGAUGGUGGAAAUAUGAAUUCUGUUAUGGAAAACAUGUUCAUCAGUAUCAUGAGGACAAAGAACAAGGGAAGAGUAUUGUAGUGGUGGGCAGUUGGAAUCACGCUGAGCAUUUAGAGUGGUCUAAGAAGAAUGUGGCACGUACCUACCAGCUUAAAGAAGAGGGAAUCCAGAAAGUGAAGGUGGUAUCCCACUUCUAUGGGCAUGGAGAUGUGUGUGACCUCACAGGGAAGCCAAGACAGGUCAUUGUGAAGCUCAAGUGUAAGGAAUCUGAGUCUCCUCAUGCUGUUGUUGUGUAUCUCUUGGAACCCCAGACUUGCCAGUAUAUUCUUGGGGUUGAGUCUCCUGUGAUCUGUAAAGUCUUGGACACAGCUGAUGAGAAUGGCCUUCUCUCUCUCCCUAGCUAGAAAUAAGACCUACUAGUGAAAUGGGCAUGUUUUAGAAGAGGAAGAAUAUUAUAAUUCUAGUGAAAUGUGCGUUUUUGAAGGAAAGCAGAGUGCCUGAACCCAGGAAUUCCUCAUUAUCCCUUUAAAAAAAAUUGAGAAUUUGCUCUAGGCUGAGCUCUGGAUGAUGUGUUUGUCCUGUGUUGCAGCAGGUGUGUUGUUGAAAGUAUGUCAUGUUAUGAACUGGCAGUUGUGGAACUGUUUAAUUUCCUGAUCUGCUGGAGAAUAUCACUCUGUUUUUGUAACUUUUUGGCAUAUUUUAAUGACUGCUCAUGUUUUUUUUUUAUUUUAUUUAAUGCAAUAAUUUCUGCAGGGUAAUAUAUUGGGUUGUUUUAACUGUUUAUUUAUUUCUGUUAAUUACAUGCUUGCUGUUGCAAGCAUUAAAUUACAUUUUAAGUAAAGCAAGGAUUCAAGAAUUGAAACAGUUUGUUCACUGAAUAUAUGGAGAGCUAGAAUACAAUGAAAAAGUAGUCGAACAGUUACAUAAUCAAUCCAUAUAAGCAUAAAGAGGACUACGCAAAUGCAGAAAGAAUGCAGACUGAACUUUUAUUUUGGACUACAUCUGAACAUACAAUAUGUUUCAUGUUGAUACUGCCAUGAAAUUAUGGCAGUAUCAUUACCACAUUUAAGUGGGCACAAGUGCUUCCAGUCAUACAUUAUGGUAAGCAUGUGUUUUUUUAUUUAAAAACAACAAAACUAGAUUGUGCUUUGGUUAAUUGUUAAAAUAUUUAGGGUGUGCACUGUGUAUAUACACCCCUAAAUGAAUGUAGUUAGUGAACUGUGAUUUAAUUCAGGGAUGUUUGCCUGGGUUUUGAAAACUGUGAUAUUCAUGAUUUAGGAUGGAAUCCCAUUGUCCAAUUCAGUAAGAAGACUUGAGCAAAUAAAAGAUGAAUAUUUUUUGGUUAUAA